GUCGACUGGCAUGCUGAGCAAGUUGCGGGACGUGGCCGUCGAUCUCUUUGAUGACGAGGUUGCGACUAACAACUUCUCGACCGUGCCCAGUCGAUGCCUUCGGGGGCGAUGGGGGUCUAUGGAUGACGUCGAGGCUUUCUUGAUGGGCAGGCUUCCGCUAGUCCACGCCGUGCUCCGCAGGUGGAUGGAUGUGAAUAAAAAGAAGGUCACCAUCGCAGCAGUCGGCGGCGAUGAAGACGCAGCCUACCAGGCGCACGCCAGGGCCAUGAUAUCAAACGCAUGCGCUAUGUCGGGGGACCGUCGUUUCCAAUUCAUGGUGGCCGCUUCGCUCAUUGCGAAGAAUCCUCUGGUGGGAUAUUUCAAUUGGGCCCAGAAGCGCAUUCGGGAAACAAACAAGUAUCAAGACGAUGCCGUCGCGAAUGGGCAGUCGUACUUCGGCCCGACGUUUGUGUCCGACCUUGUGCAGUUUAAGGCGAAGGAGGUCGCUGGUCAGAUACGUGCGUUGAUGGACCCUGCUGCGUUUCGCACUACAGAUCUAUGGGGCGGCCCUCUUUCAGAACUCCCUCCUGCUGCUCUUCCACGGGCGAAUCUCCUAAUCAUGGCGCUUACCUUGAAGGCGCAGGCCCAGUGGCACAUGCGGUUCACAAAGAUGUGCUCAUCGUUUCCUUUGGCGGCCCUUGCGUUCUGCGAGAAGUCUGCAGACAUUGAUUGUCCACGUCGGAGGGAGGUGGCGUCCGCGUUGCUAGAUACUGACGACUGUUGUCUGCAGGAUGAGUUCUCAGACUUUGCAAUAAAGUUCAAGGCAGCAUUUCGCGCAGAGAUCGGAGUGGCCAAGGAACUUGGCAUAUGCCACCAUGCGUUGUACGGCUUCUGCUUGUCGCUGAGGGCUUCGAUAUCAGGGCACACUCAAGACAUCGAGGGCUUCAACAACGUGAUUCAAUGCAUGGCUAACCGAGCCCCAGCGAUGAAAGCGUCCACGGCCAACGCUCGCAUGAUCAUCAAGAGUAGGCAGUUCAGGUUGACCGUGGAGGCAACGGUGCUGGCCGACACGGCAUGGCACCGAGAACGCCUUUGCCGCGCCGUGGUCCCAGUCGGUGGCGGCGGGUUGCCGUCAGAGAAGAAGCUCGUGGAGUCGUGCGCCCAUGUGUUUCCAGUCGACAAGCUAUACUGCGCGAGGGCUGCGCUGUCUGCUUACCAUAUCGUGGACGAGCUCCCCGAUUUUGUCUACGAUAUCAGCGACAAGGCUGGGCACGUCAUCACUGCUGGGUUUGUUGUGGCUUUUACGUAUGGAACCAAAGUAACUGUUCGCAGGGGAGUGUGCUCCGACGACGGGGCAGGCAAUUUGAUUUUCAAGUUGAACGAAGGAUGGCCAGACCCAAUCCCGCUGCUCGAUUAUUGCUAUAGCAUCGACUUCCUCCGCACAUACAAGGAUCACCCAAAGAAGCCUGUCUACUUGGUCUGGAGAUCGCUUUCGUGGUCCAACGGCGUGGCGGCUGUGAGCUCUGAGAACAGCGGGCACCAACGGCUCACGAUGGCUCUCAAGACGGCCAAGGCUGCGCCCGCGGGCGCUGGCGCGGCCGCGCCAGCACGGCACCGCGCCGCAGUGCGACAGCUCCCCGCCAGACUCGAGGGCAUCGAGGCGGCCGCGAC